UUCCAUCUAACCAAAUAUAAAAAAAUAAAAGAAAAUAAAUAUAUUUAUUUUGCAUUUAACCAAACAGGCGCUUCCUCUUUCCAUAUAACCUAUGUGUUUUUCUAAUUUCCAUCCAAAAGCCCAUAUGAAGUCAUACAAAUGCGAGAGGUGUCCAAACUCGCACCUUUCUUCGAAUCUCUUAAGCGCUCCGUUCAAAUCUCUACACUUUCUCAGCGCGAGCUCUCUCGUCGCAACCUCCAGAUAGGAUCUCUAGCUCGCGCCGGCAACAUCGCUGCUGCCCGCAUGCUGUUCGACAGAAUGCCCAACCGCGACGUUGUGUCCUGGAACGCAAUGAUCACCGCUCACUGGCAGAACAAUAACCUCCCCGAGUCCAAGAAGCUUUUUCGCUCCAUGCCAGAGAGGAAUAUUGUUUCCUGGAAUACAAUGAUUGCUGGCUGCCUCAACAACUGCCUUGUCGACGAGGCUUUUUCUUACUUUCUCGAGAUGCCCAAGCGGAAUGUGGCCUCCUGGAAUGUAAUGAUAUCGGGGUUUGUUAAAUUUGAUCGGAUGAAUGAAGCAGAGAAGCUGUUUGAUGAAAUGCCGGAGAGAAAUGUGAUUUCCUAUACAGCAAUGCUUGAUGGAUUGGCUCGCAACGGCAUGAUAGACUGUGCUCGUAAGCUGUUUGAUACAAUGGAAGGUAGGAAUUUACUCAAUUUAGUGUCUUGGGCUGCCAUGAUAAGUGGGUAUGUGGAGAACGGAAGGUUCGAAGAGGCAAGGUAUCUUUUUCAUCAGAUGCCAGAGAAGAAUUUGGUUGUAAUUACUGCAAUGAUCACUGGGUAUUGUAAAGAGGGGAAGGUGGAAGCUGCAAGGAGCCUUUUUGAUGGGAUCUCUCAUAAGGAUAUCGUCUCAUGGAAUGCCAUGAUUGCCGGAUACUCACAUAAUGGCUAUGGGGAGGAAGCGUUGAAACUGCACAUUCUGAUGAUGGAAGUAGGUAUGAGAGCAGAUCAUGCAACCAUUAUUGCUUUAUUCACAGCAUGUUCUGCUCUUUCUUUACUACAGAGAGGAAGGCAAAGCCAUGCAAUUUCCAUCAAAACUAGGCUGGAUUCUGACAUCUCUCUUUGUAACGCCUUGAUGACCAUGUAUAGCAGAUGUGGUAGUAUUGGUGAUUCUGAGUUCGUCUUUCAAACAAUGCAAAAUCGAGAUGUUGUUUCAUGGAAUACCAUAAUUGCAGCAUUUGCCCAACAUGGAUUGUACCAGAAAGUGAUGGCCUUGUUCCUGGAUAUGGAAGCAGAUAAAUUCAUCCCAAAUGGAGUAACGUUUCUCAGUAUCUUAUCUGCCUGUGGUCAUUCAGGAAAGGCUAAUGAGAGCCUAAAAUGGUUUAAUUUGAUGGUAUCUAGAUAUGAGAUAACUCCAAUGCCUGAACAUUAUGGUUGUCUUGUGGAUAUUCUAUGCAAGGCAGGAAUGUGGGAUGAAGCUUGUAAACAUGUUAAAGAUAUGCCAUUUGAAGCUAAGAGAACUAUUUGGGGUUCUUUAUUGGGGGCCUGCCAGAUGUACAGAAAUUUAGAGCUAGGGGAAGUAGCUGCUGAAAAGCUGUUUCAGCUAGAUCCAAAGUGCUCUGGGGCAUAUGUUAUGUUGUCAAACAUUUAUGCCGCAGUUGGAAUGUGGAAGCAGGUAAGCAGAGUGAGGGAGAAGAUGAACAGGUGCGGAGUUAAAAAGCAACCUGGUUAUAGUUGGACAGAGAUUUCUGAUAAAGUUCACAUUUUCUUGGUGGGAGAUUCAUCACAUCCAGAUAUUGGCAGGAUUCAGUUCGAACUUAAAUGUAUUGGUUUGCAUAUGAGAAACUCUACUGCUGAGGUUGCUGUAUCCGACUGCAUUUAUCAAUAUAGCUGAAAUACAAGAAAGGAUUGGCAGGAUUCUGUCAAUGGAUAUGGAGAUUUCUUUUUUUUUGAAACUGAUCGAAGUUUCUCUGAUUCAGGUUUCUGACAUGGCCCGGCUGCACCCAUAGAUUGGUAAGUUUUAAAAGAAUUUGUUAGCGUAUAAGCAAGCCCAGUGCAUGAAUUAGAUUCUCCUGAAAUACAUGCAAACAUCCAAUGUGCUUCAUUCAGAUUAUGAACAGACGAGCUCUUUCUUAUUUAGGAAAUUAUUUUGUGAUACCUGAUGCAAGAGAUAUUUGCUAGGUGAGGGAGUAUUGAUUGGUAUCAUGGCACUUUUACUGCAGAAGGAGAAUGUUGGUAUGGAAGACUUGAUUAUCAGACAGAAUAUGGUAUCAAAGGACCAAUGGAGAGGCAUUUGAAUUAUCAUACUGAAAGGUUCAAAGAAUAAAACAGAAAUCCCGAUGAAUUGAUGUGAUUAAGUACUUUUUUUCUUUUUGCAAGUUGAACAACUCGAAUGCGGCAUCAACAAGAGGCACAAAUGCCCUCAACCAUCAUGGUGGUUAUGUAUUUGUUAGUAAGUUAUUGGUGUUGAUGCUAGUUAACUGUAUAGCAAUUUGCAGAAAGUGCAGCUGUCUAGUCAUAAGGCAAACGUCAAAUGCAGUAAUCUGUUGGCAAAUUUUUUACCUUUUUAUAUGGGUAUAUCCAUAAUGUUUAUCAUACAUGCAAUCAAUCAAAUAUAAGCAAAGCGUGAUUUGUAAAUAAUUCUCUGAUUUGAUUAUGAGCCCUAGAUAAAUUUUACUUGUAUAUUGUGCUUGAAUCUUAACUAUAUUGUUACCAUGUUAUAUUUGAUAGUAACAAGUUGGGGAAUUUACAUACAUACCACUUUAUUUCAUGUUAUUUACAUAUCUAACAUCUAAAACAUUAAUAUUACAUUUCUACCACCCAAGAACAAAUUUGGAUGAGUUUCUUGACAUAUUCUAAAUGGCUAAAUUUUUAUAGUUCGCUAAAAAAUAAAUAUCCUUAUACAAUUCAACGUGAUCUUCAUUAUGUUCAUUUAAUCAAGACAUCUAAGAGGAUCCCAACGAGUCAUCCAAAGUCAUAAAUAACAAGUUGCCAAAAUAACGUCAAUGACAAGUUAUAAGUUAGGACAACCAAACUUGCUCCGUUAUACCCAAAAGAAGCACCCAAUUAGUUACUAAAUCAGCAAAAUAUUUAUGAACGAAGCACUCAACCAGGAAGAAACCUCCUUCCAACAGGCAUCAAAUCACGCAAAGCUACACAUCCAACUCAAGAAUUUUGAAACAAGAGCUCCGGCAUAACCCUCUCAAAGAUCUUCCUAGGUUCGCUCAUUGUGCCAGUUAACACAACCAGGUAAGUAGGGUAAAAGGAAAAAGCAACAACAAUUAUAUUUUUGCUCUGGUUACUAUAAAUAUAUAUUUUUACUACAGAACAAAGGACAUAGUAACACGAAAUCCAAACCAACAUUCAACAAUUUUUUCACUUAGUUUGCAAUUCCAUUCACAACAGCAUACCAGAGUUGCGAGACAACUAUAAAAGGUUCACAGUAACAUCCCGGUCAAAAGUCAUACCAAUAUUAGUUCAAAACAAAACAAAACAUGAUAAAGUCAAGACAACAAAGGCAGAUAAAUGUCCAAAUAUCCUAGACUAUAAUGGG